AAAGAAUGCAAUACAAAAUGUCAUUUAUAACCCUAUCAUCACUAUAAGUAGAGUAACCCGUUCUCAUACAUCGAACACACAACUCAAUUAGCUCUUCUUCUUCUUCUCCCUUUGAUCUUUUAGUAUCAUUUAAUUUCUUCAAAAGAAAAAAGAAAAGCCAUGGGUGUGAUUGUUGACGAGCAAGUACUGACAUGCUCCAUUCCACCAGCUAGGUUUUUCAAAGCAUUCAUUGUUGAUUCACACAAUCUGAUUCCUAAGAUUUUGCCUACCGUUUUCAAAAGCAUAGAAUACACAGGGGGCAACGGCGGACCUGGAUCCAUCAAGGUGCUUCAUUUCUACGACGGAGAUGAAGUGAAGAGCAUGAAGCACAAAGUGGAGGAAUUGGACGAGGCAAAUCUUGUGUACAAGUUCAGCAUAAUCGAAGGUGAGAAUAUGGGGACGGAUUUCGAGGCGGUGUCGAUCGUGAGCAAGGUGGAAGCAGGGCCUGACGGAGGAUGCACCUUUAGAUCGAUCAACACAUAUACUACCAAAGGGGAUAAUGAGAAUGUGAUCCAAGCAAGUAUCAAGAAAGCUAAGGAUGGUCUUGCUGGUUUCUUCCAGGCGGUGGUCGGACAUCUGCAUGCCAACCCCGAUGCAUACAACUGAAAACAACACAUGCAUCAUAUAUGAUGCCCUUUUCAAAAAUAAUACUUUUGUGUUUGUGUGUGUGUCAUUAAUUUCCAAAUAAAUUUGAUUUCCUUUUCACGUUGUGUGACCAAUUGUUCAAGAGUUGCUAUGUUGUACUUCUAUCUUUCUUUCAAUGAUCAUCAAUGAAUCGUUUUGUUUGAAUUAA